UCUCGUUUUCAGCUGGGAGGCCUCGAAGUGGUGCUGUCUCACCUUACCGGCAGCCACGUCGGUUCGUCGAUCGAGGCCGCUGGUGUCCUUACCCAACUCACAAACCCACAACAUUCCUAUGUCCAACUUCAAAACGUCGAGCCGAUUCUCGCUAGACUGCUUGACCUCAUCGACGAAUGCACCACUGGAGAAACUCUUCUGUUGGUGUCGGCUGCUUUGGCAAACGUUUCGCUGCAGGAUCCGACUGCUAUCGACAUUUUGUAUAGGCGGAAUGCGAUUAUACGACUGAUCAACGCCUACAACCGACAAGAGUGCUCGACGAUAUUCGUGCAGGAACAGAUUGUGACUGUGUUGUCUCGACUGGCCGCUCGACGUUAUGAGGAGGCGCUCGUGUCACAAGGCGCCGUCCCGGUGCUACUUGAAAUGCUUACGGUAACCGACAGCUUGCACUCGGAUUACUGUAGGAGAAUUCGUUACAAGGCAGCCGUUUGCAUUGGAACUCUGGCUGCCACUGGUGUCGGGCUGAAAGCGUUGUACGUCAAUCAAGCGUUCGCAAUCCUAACUCAUGUGCUUGAAAUGGAAAACUCGCCAGCCAAUCCGCUCAACAUGAUCUGUACGAACAUUCGAAAUCGACUCGAAAGCAAAUAUCAAAUUGAAAGUGCUGUCUAG